CCGUGUAGCAAGUUAGAAACCCUUCACACUCAAAGUAGGGUUUUAGCUUUAACCCUCUGCAGCCAAGAAGCCAGAGUCGAGUUCUUGUUGUUGAUAGUCUGUACUAAGAACGGACUUUCAGAAUCUAUCAUUUCUUCAGAUUAACAAUGGCUUCAAUUGGUGCUAGAUCUGUUUUCCGGUCAUUUUCAGGCUCGGCACGCCGUGCUGCUGCUCAGAUCGGUUCUCAAGCCAAGUCGUCAUCAAGUACUCCUUUUCGCAUGGCAACUACGAAGCCUCUCUCCCAUCGAACUUUCAGGUGUGCGGCUGAGAUGAGCUUCUGUUUGGAGUCGAUGAUGCCAUUUCACUCUGCGUCAUCUUCAGCUUUGAUGACCUCAAUGCUCUCUGUCUCGCGCAGCUGCUGCGGUUGGCUUCCCGAAGGCAGCUAGCACACUUUAUAGGCCCAUUGAUGUUCUUCUUGCCUUCUUGUUGCUCUGGCAAAGACAAGACUAGAUGAGGAUCGAGAAGCAGGAAGGAAUGACUUGACUUGUUUUUUGAGUUUCGCCUAUAAGUCCUAGCGAUGAAUAUCCCCAUGCCCUACCCCCAAGACAAAGAAUAGAAAGAAGAAAACAAACUUCUAGGAGAUGAUCCUAUCAAUAGGUUAAAUGAGAUGAUUGUAUUUGGAAUGAAAUAAUAAACUACGAUAUUCUAUUUCAUUCACUGUGUUUGUAGAUGGCUGUCUUGUGAAGUGUUGAAAGAUUACAUGUUCAAUUUAGUUCUGCAAUUAUAUUGGAUUACAGACUACUCGAUUGUUGCAGAAUAAAUUUCUGUUUUGCAAUAUUUACUUUGUUUGUCAAGUA